UAAAUUUCAAUUUAUUCAGUUAGUUUCCAUGCAGAGACUUAACGAACGAGAUGCGAAUUUUGUGGAUUGCAGCUAUAUCGUUCUCGUGGCAAUUUUCAGACGCCUUUUAUUAUAUGCCCAAAUUUCUUUGCAUUCCACCAUUUGUGGCCAUUAAUGGAAGCUGCCUUAUUCCAACCCCCAAAGAACCCACGAUAUUGCCCUGUUUGAAAAACCUUCAAAACUCCACGGUGUUUCCGGAAAAUCGUGAAAUAGUUACCGUUAGUCCCCCGAAUUUAAUAACGGAAGAUGGUGCUACUAUCGGAGAAAGCCAUUCUAAAGAUGAAAAGCCUAAUCUUUCUAUCAAAGUACCAGUAAAGGAAGCAGGAGCAGUUGAAGGCGAUAAGACAAACGAAGAUUUAAAUCCGACCGUCCCUAAUGCAAAUAAAGUGCCUACUGAUAGUUCGGAAAAUACCUUAGAUUCGGAACCCAAUGACAAUUUUGUUGGUAAGCCCGAAGACUCCAAUCAAAACGAAAGUAAUCCGGAUAUUAUAACACCGAGUCAACAUGCAAAUUCGAGCAUAAUUUCAACAAACCAAGGACAAGAAACAAAUGAAAGCAACAUUCCGGAAAAAGGAUCUAAUACAGACAGUAAAUUAAAACCGACAAUUUCGGAAGAUUCCCAAGUAAAUAAUAUACCCCCGAAAGAAGGAGCAUUUCAAGGCGAUAAUACAAAUAAAGAUUUAAAUCCGACGGUUCCUGAUGAGAGUAAUGUACCUACUGAAAGUUCAGAAAAUACCUCAGAUUCGGAAUUCGAUGACAACAAUAUUGGUAAGCCCGAAGACUCCGAUCAAAACGAAAGUAAUCCGGAUAUUGUAACGCCGAGUCAACAUGAAAAUUCGAGUCUAAUUUCAACAAAUCAUGGACAAGAAACAAAUGAAAGCAACCUUCCAGAAAAUGGAUCUAAUAAAGGCAGUAAAUUAAAACUGCCUACUCCGGAAAAUUCCCAAAUAAAUCAAACACCUCCGGAAGCAGGAGCAGUCAACCAAGAUUUAAAUCCGACCGUUCCUGAUGCUAAUAAAUUGCCUACUGAAAGUUCAGAAAAUGCCUUAGAUUCGGAGUUCAAUGGCAACAAUGUUGGUAAGCCCGAAGACUCCCAUCAAAACGAAAGUAAUCCGGAUAUUAUAACACCGAGUAAACAUGAAAAUUCGAGCCUAAUCUCAACAAAUCCUGGACAAGAAACAAAUGGAAUCAGAGAUCCUGUAAAUGGAUCUAAUGCAAUCAGCACAUUAAAACCGCCUGUUUCGGAAAAUUCCCAAAUAAAUCAAAUACCUUCGGAAGCAGGAGAAGUUGAAGGUGAUAAGGCAAACAAAGACUUAAAUCUGGAUGAUCCUAAUGUAAAUAAAUUGAGUUCAGAAAAUACUAUAAAUUCGGGACCCAACAAUACGAAUAUUAGUAAGCCCGAAGACUGCGACCCAAACGAAAGUAAUUCCAAUAUCAUUGCACCGAAUAAACCUGCGAAUUCGAGCAUAACUUCAACAAAUCCUGGACAAGAAGCAAAUGGAAUCAGAUAUCCUGUAAAUGGAUCGAUUGCAAGCAGCAUAUUAAAUCCGAAUGUUUCGAAGCCAACGAAGCUUGAUGGUAAAAAUUUUGAAAGUAACCUAGCCGUAGGAAACGAAAAUAAAACUGAAAACAUAACAGAAGACCCCAACCAGAAUCCGAAAAAGGAAAACACAAUAGUUUCGUCGAUUUCGGAAAAUCCUACAAUGAACAAAACUGGUGGUUUACUUACCGAAAACAUGGAAGGGCUAUCAAGUACUUCCUCAGCUAAGAUACCUAGUACAAGACCAACAAUUUCUCAACCUCCUAAAAAGGGAAUUGCUAUUUUGCCGGUUAAAAGGCCCUCAAGAAUUUACUCAACCGAUGAUUUGAAUCCUCCAAAAUUCGAAAUACCUUCGAUUUCAGGAGCAGAUGCUGGUGUUCUUCCGAUAAGUCCUUCAAUUCCUGAUACAGAUAAAAUAAACAGUGGUAUCUUACCAUCAGGAAUACCAAUACAAACACCUUUACCCGUUGAUUUAAAUCCUUCAAAAGAUCCUUCGAUGCCCGAAAUGUUGCCAGUGAGAGAUCCUUCAAUUCCUGACACAGAAAAUUUGAUUAAAAAUACAUUGCCACCCGAAGGGCCGUCAAAAAUUGUCUUACCCGGAGAUUUGCAUACACCGAUAAUUCCUGAUACUAAUGAAGUUAUAAAUGGCUUAUUACCAUCCGAACGUCCGAAUCAAAUACCAUUGUCUGGGAAUACAAGUCAUCCAAAUACACACUCAAUAACUGGGAUAGGAUCUGCAACUAAGCCAGUAGUUCCUGCUCUUCCUGGCACAGAUAAUUUGACGCCGAAGAUAAUUGAUCCCAAAAUUCAUAUUCCUGAGUCGAAAGAGCCAAUACUACCAAAGAUUCCUGAGACGGAUCAUUUAAUAAAUGAAGAAGAUUUGAUCGGUAAACAACAAUCACCUAAAAUUCACAUACCCGGGGCGCCGAAGAUAAAUGAUCCCAAAAUUCAUAUUCCUGAGUCCAAAGAGCCAAUACUACCAAAGAUUCCUGAGACGGAUCAUUUGAUAAAUGAAGAUUUGAUCCGUAAACCACAAUCACCCAAAAUUCACAUACCCGAGACGCCGAAGAUAAUUGAGCCUAAAAUUCAGAUUCCCAAGGAUCCAAAAAUGCCCAAAUUAAUUAGACCUGAAGACCUAUAUCCGAAAGAUAUAAAUAUCUAUGAACUUUUGCCAAAGGACAUGUUUGCCUAAUGCCUUAUUUUCACCGGUGCUUAAAAGUUAAUAUACUUUUAAAUAAUCAAACCGGACUUAGUUUCGCAUUGAGGAGGAGAAUAAAUGAAUAUUCAAAUG